CCGGCCCCUACGCUCGUCCCCUCUGCACGCUGCGAGGCCGAGACGUCUCCCGCGGUGACAGCAGGCGAGGCUGAGUUGCGCGCUCCCGGCCCCGGGAAAGCCCGGGCGACACGGCAGCCAGCCCCCUCCGGGGUCCCUCCGAGCCGCCAGGGCGCGCCGCGCUGCUCUCUGUCCCGCCCCUCCCGCAGGGAUCCCCAGGCGAAAGCGGCCGGGACUCCCGGCCUUGCCCGGGCCACUCGGGCCAUCCCUGUUCCUUGGCUAGGCGCUGAGGGUCCGCACUCCGUGCCCUGCGCCCUGGCCCCCAGCGCUGGAGCUCCAGAUGCGCUGCCCCGCAGCCCCCUGACAGCUGUCAGCCCACGAGCUCCGGCGGGCGGCCGCGGCGGACUGUCAUGCCCUGGACGCCGCUGCAGCCGGCCCGCAGCCCGCGGGGGCGAUGAGCCGCUGUGGCCGGUGAGGAGCCCGGGCGGCGCGGGCAUCGCGCACCUUCCUAGCCCGCCUCACUUGCCCAUCGGGCUCUGGAGGCUGAGGGCAAUCGGUCUCAGGCCUGUCAGGAGGACCAUUGGUGCUGUGGUGGAGCCAAAAUCUAAGUCUUGUGUAUGGCGUGGUUACGGUUGCAGCCUCUCACCUCUGCCUUCCUCCAUUUUGGGCUGGUUACUUUUGUGCUCUUCCUGAAUGGUCUUCAAGCAGAGGCUGGCGACUCGGGGGAUGUGCCCAGUGCAGGGCAGAAUAAUGAGUCCUGUUCAGGAUCAUCGGACUGCAAGGAGGGUGUCAUCCUGCCAAUCUGGUAUCCAGAGAACCCUUCCCUUGGAGACAAGAUUGCCAGGGUCAUUGUCUAUUUUGUGGCCCUGAUAUACAUGUUUCUUGGGGUAUCUAUCAUUGCUGACCGCUUCAUGGCAUCUAUUGAAGUUAUCACCUCCCAAGAGAGGGAAGUGACUAUCAAAAAGCCCAAUGGAGAGACUAGCACAACUACAAUUCGGGUCUGGAAUGAAACUGUCUCCAAUCUGACCCUGAUGGCCCUGGGCUCUUCUGCUCCGGAGAUUCUCCUGUCUUUGAUUGAGGUGUGUGGUCAUGGAUUCAUUGCUGGGGACCUAGGGCCAUCUACGAUCGUCGGCAGUGCCGCCUUCAACAUGUUCAUCAUCAUUGGCAUCUGUGUCUACGUGAUCCCAGAUGGGGAGACUCGCAAGAUCAAGCACCUGCGAGUCUUCUUUGUCACUGCUGCGUGGAGCAUCUUUGCCUAUAUCUGGCUCUAUAUGAUCCUGGCGGUCUUCUCUCCUGGUGUGGUCCAGGUUUGGGAAGGCCUCCUUACACUCUUCUUCUUUCCAGUGUGUGUCCUGCUGGCUUGGCUGGCAGAUAAGCGACUGCUCUUCUACAAGUACAUGCACAAAAAAUACCGCACCGAUAAACACCGAGGGAUUAUUAUUGAGACAGAGGGUGACCAUCCUAAGGGCAUUGAGAUGGAUGGGAAAAUGAUGAAUUCUCACUUUCUAGAUGGGAACCUGGUACCCUUGGAAGGGAAGGAGGUAGAUGAAUCUCGCAGGGAGAUGAUCCGGAUUCUUAAGGAUCUGAAACAAAAACACCCAGAGAAGGACUUAGAUCAGCUGGUGGAGAUGGCCAAUUACUAUGCCCUUUCCCACCAACAGAAGAGCCGUGCUUUCUACCGCAUCCAAGCCACCCGUAUGAUGACUGGUGCAGGCAAUAUACUUAAGAAGCAUGCAGCAGAGCAAGCCAAGAAGACCUCCAGCAUGAGUGAGGUGCACACGGAUGAGCCUGAGGACUUUUCCUCCAAGGUCUUCUUUGACCCAUGUUCUUACCAGUGCCUGGAGAACUGUGGAGCUGUCCUCCUGACGGUGGUGAGGAAAGGAGGAGAUGUAUCCAAGACCAUGUAUGUGGACUAUAAAACAGAGGACGGCUCUGCCAAUGCAGGCGCUGACUAUGAGUUCACAGAGGGCACGGUGGUUCUGAAGCCAGGAGAGACCCAGAAGGAGUUCUCGGUGGGCAUCAUUGACGAUGACAUUUUUGAGGAGGAUGAACACUUCUUUGUGAGGCUGAGCAAUGUCCGUGUAGAAGAGGAGCAGCUGGAGGAAGGGAUGCCUCCAGCAAUGCUCAAUAGUCUUCCCUUGCCUCGGGCCAUCCUGGCCUCCCCUUGUGUAGCCACCGUUACCAUCUUGGAUGAUGACCAUGCAGGAAUUUUCACUUUCGAAUGUGACACCAUUCACGUCAGUGAAAGUAUUGGUGUUAUGGAAGUCAAGGUUCUGAGGACAUCAGGUGCCCGGGGCACAGUCAUCGUCCCUUUUAGGACAGUAGAAGGUACAGCCAAGGGUGGUGGUGAGGACUUUGAAGAUACAUAUGGGGAGCUGGAGUUCAAGAAUGAUGAAACAGUCAAAACAAUUCACAUCAAGGUAAUUGAUGAUGAGACGUAUGAGAAAAACAAGAAUUACUUCAUUGAGAUGAUGGGCCCCCGCAUGGUGGAUAUGAGUGUUCAGAAAGCGCUCCUGUUAUCUCCAGAGGUGACAGACAGGAAGCUGACUGUGGAGGAAGAGGAGGCCAAGAGAAUAGCAGAGAUGGGAAAGCCAGUAUUGGGUGAACACCCCAAACUAGAGGUCAUCAUUGAAGAGUCCUAUGAGUUCAAGAGUACAGUGGAUAAGCUAAUCAAGAAGACAAACCUGGCGUUGGUUGUGGGGACCCAUUCCUGGAGGGACCAGUUCAUGGAAGCCAUCACUGUCAGUGCAGCAGGGGAUGAGGAUGAGGAUGAAUCGGGAGAGGAGAGGCUGCCUUCCUGCUUUGACUAUGUUAUGCACUUCCUGACAGUCUUCUGGAAGGUGCUUUUUGCCUGUGUGCCCCCCACGGAGUACUGCCACGGCUGGGCCUGCUUUGUGGUCUCCAUCCUCAUCAUCGGCAUGCUCACCGCCAUCAUCGGGGACCUAGCCUCUCACUUCGGCUGCACAAUUGGGCUCAAAGAUUCAGUCACAGCUGUUGUAUUUGUGGCAUUCGGCACCUCUGUGCCAGAUACAUUUGCCAGCAAAGCGGCUGCCCUGCAGGAUGUGUAUGCAGAUGCCUCCAUUGGCAACGUCACCGGCAGUAACGCUGUCAACGUCUUCCUGGGGAUUGGCUUGGCCUGGUCCGUGGCCGCCAUCUACUGGGCCAUGCAGGGACAGGAGUUCCAUGUGUCCGCUGGCACUCUAGCCUUCUCGGUCACUCUUUUCACCAUCUUUGCAUUUGUCUGCCUCAGUGUGCUCUUGUACCGUCGGCGGCCCCACCUGGGCGGGGAGCUCGGAGGUCCCCGUGGCUGCAAGCUUGCCACGACGUGGCUCUUCGUGAGCCUGUGGCUCCUCUACAUACUCUUUGCCACACUGGAGGCUUAUUGCUACAUCAAGGGGUUCUGAACGGCCAGAGCAAGACCUCCACAGGGCAGGCCCAGGACUUCUCCUGAGAGAAGGGCGCUUCCUCACCAACCUUUCCAGGUUGAGCAGCCCUGGAGAAGCAGCAUCAGGACCCCCAGCCCUAUGAGGGCUCCUGACCUAGGCCCUGGCACUUGCACAGUAAGGGCAAAAUCCAAUGGAAUGGAGGAGACACCCCCUGUCCAAAGUAUUUAAUUAAAAACAAACCAACAACAGCAACAAAUCCACCUCUUACCCCCCCCCCAUCCUCCACUCAUGUCCCCGGGCCUUCUCUUGUGUAUCCCACCACCCGACUAUUCCCUUGACUCUAGUUCCCUGAGGAACAGGGCUUCCCCCUGUCUCCAGCGACAUGCAUCAAGACUCCCUCAUUCAUCUGUCAGGGUGUGAGAAGGAGCUGUCUCCGCAUGGCUGAUUCGGGGUGCUCUUUUCUUUGAGUUGUUAUUGUGAUCACUUUCACCUUCCUGUCUUGUCUUUUCCUUCUGAAGUUAGUGACAAAGGGCCCCCGAAGGAAUGCCAGGUCUGAGCUCUGAGUGACAGACAGAGGCAUGGGCUUGCUGACACACCCCCUCCUGCUCUCACAAAGCCACAGCCGUCCCUUGGCUCCAACUCAGGGUGCAGGAGGAGUUUCGUCUGCUUUGCGCUGAGACCACACCCGAACUACAGAGCAAUCACACUCUUCUCUGUGGAGGUCACGCUACUGCUCUGUGUGGUGUGCCAGCAUCUCUGUGUGUGCUCUCCCACAGAGAGACUUGCCAGGUUGAGGCUUGGGGAUAGACAUAAGAGUGCUCCAUGCUGACCAAGGGCAGCUGGAGAAACGAAAGGGAAACCCCUCUCCAAUGUUUUUGGGGUUUGUGUGUGAGACGGGGGAGAAGAAGGUAUCUGACUGGGGAGGUCUGUAAAGGAGCAGAUCAUAUGUAGAGUGUCAGUGUUUCUGGGGAAUGCCAGCAUUACCACCCCUCCCUCACUAAUGUGCCAUACUCAGAAGGCUCAGCAGAUUGCCUGGGGUGAUGUGAGAAUUUAGAGGCUUGUAAGAGAACUGGGGUCUCCUUCCUCCUCCCCUGGCCUUCAGGCCACUUUCGAAGCAUGUUCACAAGAUAGGAACUGGAAUCUCUCAUUUCCCCAUGUUCCUGCUUGUUUUUUAAACCUCAGAGAGUCCUCUCCCCAGCCUGUAGGGUAUUUCUUAUACCCCCUCCCUCCCUAGGAAUCCAAGUCAUCACAUUCCCAAGGAGCCUGGGCUCAUAGAAAAUGAGGACUGACACACUGACACCCUGGCCUCCCAGACCUUUUCCUGAUGUAUUUGAGAAGAACUGGCUUACACACACACACACACACACACACACACACACACACACACACUACAAAACUGCCCACGGGUCUUGAGGCUUUCUGCAUUGACAUAAAUACAUUUUCUAAGAGAGAAAAAUGAAAUUAAAACAACACCUGUUUAAUUUUAAACACAUUUUUUAAGAAAAAAAUAAAAAGGAAAACUAUGUUCGUGUCCUAAGCUAUGUUGACAGUUGCUGGUGGAAAUGCUGGGUUGGUUUAAAAAAAAUAAAUAAAUAAAAGCAAAAGGUCUACUUAUA